UCUAUGUUAUAUCUGAUCAUUAAGCAGAAGUGGUUUGAAAUCAGGGGCCCCACCAUGUCCCCGGUGUCUGGCCCAGUGCCCCGUGCCCGUUUGUCGCCUGAAGAGACGGACGGAGGCCAUGUGGCUGCCCAUCCCGUGCCCGCAGGCCGAGUAUGCGGCGCUGGAAGGCGGCAGCCUUAGCCUCGGUGCUCUGCAGCUGCGUGCUCUCCAUCUGGAUGUGUCGGGACGGCCUGCUCCUCAGCCACCGCCUGGGACCCGCGCUGUCCCCACUGCGCCGGCCACCUCGCACCCUGGACGCCCGGAUCGCCCGUCUGGCCCAGUAUCGCGCACUGCUGCAGGGCGCCCCGGACGCGGUGGAGCUGAGCGAGCUGACGCCCUGGGUCGGAAGGCCCCCGCGUCCGCGCCGUCGGGCGGGGCCCCGGCGGCGGCGCGCGCGUGCGCGGUCGGGGACGCGGCCGUGCGGGCUGCGCGAGCUCGAGGUGCGCGUGAGCGAGCUGGGCUUGGGCUACGCGUCCGACGAGACGGUGCUGUUCCGCUACUGCGCAGGCGCCUGCGAGGCGGCGGCGCGCGUCUACGACCUGGGGCUGCGGCGGCUCCGCCAGCGGCGGCGGGUUCGGCGGGAGCGGGUGCGCGCGCAGCCCUGCUGCCGCCCGACGGCCUACGAGGACGAGGUGUCCUUCCUGGACGCGCACAGCCGCUACCACACGGUUCACGAGCUGUCGGCGCGCGAGUGUGCCUGCGUCUGACCCUACCUCACCGGCGCCGGCGCGACGGCGCCCACCGUCCCGCCGGGCGGGCCCCGCGGCCGCAGACUGCCCCUGCGCAGACGAUGCCGUCGAGGCCCCGGGACUGUCCAAUACCCGCUCCAGAUAAAGUGUGGAAAG